CCGGCGCGGCGGCCGCCGUUGUCGGCGCGUCAGCUGUUGGCUGACAAGACAAACAAGCCGCGCGAGGAGGGAGUCUUGACAUGCCAGUGGUGACCCCACCCGAGUGAAAAUUUCCGGAAAUUUCGAAGCUCUAGAUAUUGCUCUUCAUAUCCGGAGGAUUUUUAUGCACGGAUCAGUGGAGUUGACAUUGAAAAUAUCAGAGUCGCCAUGUUUGCUCCAACUCAGAACCACAUCUUCCACAGUGGUUUACACCACGAGGUGCUGCGGACAUGGCAGUCUGGCAACGUCCACAUUGAUCCUUCUAACUUGAUCUAUCCAAUUUUUAUCACUGAUAAUGAAAAUGCAGUGGAACCAAUAGACAGCCUGCCUGGUCAGUCGCGAUACGGUGUUAACCGGCUGGUGGAAUUGUUGGAACCGCUGGUGAAGAUGGGACUAAAAUCUGUCCUAUUGUUUGGCGUUCCUACAAAUAUGCCAAAGGAUAGCCGAGGUCAUAAGGCUGACACGAAAGAUUCUCCCGUGGUCCAAGGCAUCAAGAAGAUUCGCAGCAGCUUCCCAAGUCUUCUGGUGUGCUGCGACGUCUGCCUGUGCGCCUACACGGACCAUGGCCACUGUGGGAUAUUGAUGCCCGAUGGAAGUAUUGACAACAAGGCCAGCAUCUCGCGGCUGUCAGAAGUGGCCUUGGCCUAUGCAGUGGCCGGAUGCCACGUGGUAGCACCUUCCGACAUGAUGGACGGUCGCGUCGGUGCGAUCAAACAAACUCUGAUACGCAAUCAACUCCAAGGCAAGGUUGCAGUCAUGAGCUACAGUGCCAAGUUUGCUUCUAGUUUCUACGGACCGUUCCGGAGCGCUGCCAAAUCGGCCCCCACAUUUGGCGACCGGAAGUGCUACCAGCUGCCCCCUGGGUCCAAGGGACUGGCCAGCCGAGCUGUGGAGCGAGACGUAGCUGAAGGUGCUGACAUUCUGAUGGUUAAACCAGGAAUGCCAUACCUGGACAUCAUCAAACAGACAAAAGACAAGUAUCCCGAGAUCCCGCUGGCUGUGUACCACGUGUCCGGAGAGUACGCUAUGCUGUAUCACGCAAGCCAAGCAGGAGCAAUGGAUCUGAGAUCGGCUGUCCAGGAAUCCCUCACAGCAAUGAGACGAGCAGGUGCGGACAUCAUCAUUACAUACUAUGUCCCGCACCUUCUGAACUGGAUGGCAUCUUAAAACGGAAAGAAAACUGGAACAAGAUUAAGUCUGACAAGAACAAGCCCAUCUCACACCUGUUAGUCUUCAGCCGUAAAUCGUAAACCUCAAAUUGUAAUCGUGUAUCAAAAUACAAAAACUUGAUUCUACACACUACAUGUACUUCCCAAAGCCAGUCAUUUGAGAGUAUUUGUAAAGCUGAUCCGAGUGAUGCAUGUCAGCAUAGUUGUUUGUCAUAAUACCACAGAUCUGACUACGCCUCCAUGUCUUGCCAGUGUUUCACCCUACUUGUUAUGUGAACAUUUCUCAAAGUUUCAGAAGUAACCGACAGAUGCAAUAUACCAUGUUGAAAUCUCACCAGCCAUCUGUUUCUGGGCUAGGGUGCAACGUACGCCUUUGAAUGGGAAAGUGGGCCCGGUGGUAUUCUGUGGCAUCGCUAAGCACUUUCUCUCUUCAAAUGCCAAAAAGCUUACCUUUUUGGCAUCGUGAUAAGUACAUGUAAAUGUUGCUUGCAGCAGGGUGUAAGAAAUCUUGAGGUAUUUGCUAGGUUAAGCAUUCCAAAACACUUCUGAGGUAUGUCGUCCGGGGAAAUGCCAUGAAAUUUCGUCUAGCCCGUUCCAAUGAGAGACACUAGUUUUGAGACAUUGAAACCUACAAUCGAGAAAUGGUUCCAGUACAUUGCACACUUAAUCAUUUUGCAGCAUAAUACAGCAAUAAAAGAAUGGCUUCUAACAAAGGAGUGUAAUCCAUUCCAUGUUGACCUUUCGUCGAUAAACAUUUAGGAACUUAAUUUACAAUCCAUUCUUUUUAAACUCGGUCCAAUAUCAACAAUACUUUUUGGUUAUAUGUCAUGGCUUUCUUAUCCAUACCUGUGAUAUACUAGACUGUAGACCAGGGCCCAAUUUCACGGAGCUGUCCAACAGCAGAAAAGUAGUGCUUACUAUAGCACUAUUUCACGGCGGUGCUUGGCGUGGUUGUGCUAAAGGUUGCGCGCACAUAGAGAUUUCUGUUGUUACGUCACCAAGUUUAAGCAGUUUGCCUCCCAAGGUUAACACGCCUUUGGCUGCACUUACUGCUUAGUGUCUCCGUGAAACACGUGGAGCGUCUGUUACCGUGAAUCGUGUGCUAAGCAGGGCCAUGAAAUUGGGCCCCACACUUAAAGUGACUGAUCUGUGAAACACGUAGUACUACAGAUUUAAAGGGAUGAAGCAAUUUUUAAAUAAGGAAAGUGGAGUGACUUGGUGUUGCCUUACGUAAUCUUUGCCAAAAUAUUUAAGCUUUUCUAUACUUUUGUGUCAAGAAACAAGUUGUUAGGAAAAUGUGGAAUGCUCAGCCUUAAAAGGCCAACCGUGUUUUGUCAUUUUGUGCAUUCCAAGUUCAGUGUCACAGAUUUGGUCUUCUAUACGUGCUGACACAUAUUGAAGUAAAGUUUGUAGCUGCUGUGUGUGUGUGUGUCAAGGUCCUUUUAGGAAAUAAUCCAAUUUUGAUAUUAGUUCCUGCAACAGAUACGAAUGAGUAGUUUAUAAUUAUGGGCAGCAAUAUGUAUUCAAAGUGUGGCAAUGUACAUUUUAUGGACCUUUGUAAAUGUAUAUGUUUCAAAUGAGCAUGCCUUCUUGAAAGGUUUUUCCUAUUAGCGUACAAGUCAGAGUCUGAGCCGAGUUUCGUUCUCUUUGCAUGCAGCUAAAAGUGACUGUGGUGGCUGUGGGCUUUUUCUGAAAGAAGUAUUUUCAAGUGUUUUUUUCUGGAAUGGAAUAGUUGUCAUGGCAGUGCCUUGCUUUGCCUGCCGUUUGAGCAGGAUGUUGUGUGUGACAUGAAGUGUACAAGUAGCUUGAUUCGGAAUUCAGUGAGGGAAGUACACUGCUGGCUAGGACCAGUUGUGCCCAAAGAUCGUAUAGCGCCGCGUUUGGUUCUGCCAGGGUUUCUAGUCUGACUUUGGAAAUGCAGGGUUCAAAAUCUAUUUCAAUUAUCUUGCUUUUGGCUGACUGCUGGCUGCAGAUUUAUUUAGGGUGUGUCAAAGUUUGGUAUUGCUUGUAAACUUUUAGUGGGUGGUGACAUCUAUCAUAUAGUUAAAGUAAAUUUUGAAAGUCAUUCUAAGGUUACAACUUAUGGCAAUAGUGAUAUUUUAAAAAGCAUUUUAGAUAUGAAGUGCUCAUCAAUGCAGAAAGGGUCCUGUUGAGAAUCCAAUUUUAUCAAGUCAUAAAUAAACAUCCUUCUGUGGCUUUUUCGGGUGCUUUAUCAAUUUAACAAUGGCAGACAUCUUGUGAGAACAAAAUCUAUCCACAUUGCCCACUCCAUACGGUCUAAGCUUUUAAAAAAUGUGAAUGAAAGCCCAAGCUUUGAAAGCACCAGAAAGUUACCAAACAGAGUGACAAAGAAAACAGGAAACCAAAAAAGGAUAAUGAUUUAAAAAGUGCAAAAGUUAUGGAUACAUCAGUAAUGAAAUAUACGGUAACACUUUAUGUAUAAUUUCAAACUUUUGAGUUAAUCAUGUUUUCAAACAAACUGAUUCACAAUGGUUGGUGGCAUGGAUGUGAAUAAAUAAUGGUUUGGAUGGAGAUGUCA